GAAAAGCCAGAGCCGCCGCAAGCCCGCUCCCCGUCCCCAUGGCCCUCCGCCAGAGCUUCCAGGCGCUGCGCUCGGUCGCGUCGCGCCGCGUCCUGCUCCGCAACUUCAGCGUCGCACCGCACGCCGCCGACAAGUUCGUGGUGGAGUUCCCGGAGGAGCACGAAGGCCUCAACAUCGAGUUUAACUGGUCGCUCGCUGACGAUGAUGUGACGCCGCACGGCGACGCCUUCCGCAACAUGAGCUGGCCCAAGCUCGCGGAGCUCGCCAAGCAGGAGAAGCCCGCUGGCAAGAAGGUGGCGAUUGAGGAGGUGGACGUGAGCAUCGUGUUCAACGACUUCGACGGUCUGUACGAGAAGGUGACGGAUCACCUGUCGACGGAGGCCAACCUGUACACGCAGGACGGCGCUGUGGGCUCGUUCAAGGACGACCGCACGCGCGUGCGCGUGAUCUCGGACUCGCCGCUGGUGGCGCUGUUCGCUCAGAGUCUGCUGGUGCGCGUCCCCAUCAAGGACCCACACGCAGCCCGCCCCAUUGUGGUGUACGUGGCCACGGGCGGCGAGUUCAAGGGCCAGGAGCCGCAGGCUCAGCUGCUCGUGGAUAACGACGACGAGGGUGCCACGUUCGUCAAGGUCGUGAUCACGGGUGCCGCCGACCUGGCCACGGUGCAGGACGCCAUUGGCCUGGCCAAGAAGAAGCUGCUGGAGGUUGCCGAGUCGGAGUCCCUGGUGGUCCCCGCCGACGUGCUGAUCAAGGGCAACAAGACCGCGCUUGUGUUCAACGCCACGGGCGCUGGACGUGCUGCGGCGAUCAACAAGGGCGAGCUCUACAGUGCUCACCUGAACAUCUGGAACCAGGCCGGCGUGACCUCGCUGUUCGGUGGCGCCGUUGUGGACGCUGCUAGCAAGGUGUCGAAGAAGCACGUUGUCGCCGUCGAGGGCGGCGCUGCCGUGAACGUGCCGUGCAACAACCUGGUGGAGCACCCGAAGGCUGCCGUCUUCGUGGACCAGGCUGGCAAGGGCGUCAAGUCCAUUUCCUCCGCAGAGGCCGCCGCGCUGCUGAAGAAGGUGGACGCCGAGGCUGACGUUGAGAAGUUCGAGGCCCUCCUCAAGAAGGCCGACACCAAGAGCUUCGUUGUGUCUAGCGACGCGGAGGUCGAGGCCGCUCUGGCGAAGCUGUAAAUAAGAUUCGCCCCGGCAGGACGGUGACAAGUACGCGUCAAUGCACUACACAUAUAUAGUGGGGAAAGCACCAAGAAAAAGCAAAUGAAGAGAAGAGUGUGGCUAGGUCACUGCGUUGAGCGCGGCCCCUUGUCGAUGUCC